GGCUUCUCGCCAUUUUGAAUUGGCAACCUGUGUGAAAACUUGAAAUCGGUGAAUCACCUUAGAAAGAGCCCCUAGUCGGUUUCCAGUCUCGUGUCUUCUCACUCAGCCUUUUCGUUUACCUCUGAGGACAUGACGUCACAUUAGUGUCAUGGUUACGCGUCCCUGCCAUCAGCUGGAGUUUUUAGCUGAUUAUUUAUCUCCGUUUUCUCAAGCAGCUAAGUUCCGUUGUGAAUCCUGAUAGGUACUACUUGGAAUUUCCUAAUGACAGUUCCGCACGCAAAUACCUUUCUAGCGAAUCCGCCGCCAAUUCUACACUUUGUUGCACUCGCUUUCGUCUGUGCGUAGGAAUGUGUAGCCCGGUCUUGACUAAGUUGCGAUUUUUUUUACAUGUGUAUUUUUGUAUGUUCCUUCUCUAGAAAAGUAUUAAAAUAGUAACAUAUUUCUACAAACAUGAAGCACAAUUUUAAAGCCCUAGUCUUUCUUCUUCUAUUGCACACUUCUUUUUCUGCUCAUUCAAGUCGAUCAUCAGGGGUCACUGAUGGAUCUACACCCCCACCUACAACUCCUCAUCCCAUAACUGUGAAGCUUGAACAGCUUCAACAGCUGGAAGAGUCAUCACUCACAGGAUGGUAUCAUAUGGUAAAUAAAUUCUUGGAGCUCAUCAAACCUGACCAAAGAACAUUGGAGGAUGUCAUAAAUUUUGCUACAGGAAAGCAUGGUCUUAACCCUCAAGAAUUUGUACUUAAGGUAGCAAAGAUGAAUUAUGCAUUUUUGACGAUGGUUAUCAUUGGUCUAGUUUAUGUUAUUGUUAUGCUCAUCACUGGAAUUUUCUUUUUCUGCUGCCGCUUUUGUGGCCGCUGUGGUGCUAAAGAUAGUCAAAAACAAAGAAGAAGUGAUAACUGUUGGAGAACCAUUCAUAAAUUUUGUUUAAUACUUAUGGUUGCAUUUUUAGUGGUUCCAAUAACAUGUAUGUGUAUUAUUAAUGAACAUAUGAAACAUUCCAGUCCAAGUGUAAAAGGAAAUAUAACUGAAGUUUUCGACAUUUUAGGAAACUUUGCUAAUACUACUGAUGGUGAUAUUGACACUGCAAUUCACCAUGUUAUUGAAAAUCCAAUACAAAAUUUUGAUGCUUUUAAAAGUAGUUUUGUUGAACUUGUUCAAGAAAAUAUUUCCAAUACAAUUGACCAUGAGAAACUUGAGGACAUUAAAAAUAUUGUUUCAUGGAUUGCUUCUGUUGAAGAAAAGCAUGCAGCAAUUACUAAUGCUUCUGAGUUAUCAAGGGCUGUUCAAAGUUUGAAAUCAAAUAUUAGAAGUAUCAGACAAGAAGUAAGAGGAUUACAUAAUUGUACAAAUUCAGAGAAGCGGAUUUGCCAGCUCAAUUUCGAACUGUUACCCAUAGAAAGAAUCAAUGUUGAUGAUGCAUAUGAUCAUGUGCAUAAUGAAUUUCAAAAGUUGCUAAAAAUAAACUUCGAAGAAUUAACCAAUGUGAUAGAUCAAAUUCAAAACAAUACAAUUUUAAGGAAUAAAAUUGAGCAAGAAAGUGAAAGUUUAAAACGGUUCGCUAAUGAAACUAUGUCUGGAGAUGAAGAUGGUUUAAAAGAAAUCAAGGCUCGAGUGAAAUAUUACACUAACGAGUUGAGAUCUGUCUCUAAGACUGGUAAACAGGAAGUUCAGAAAGUUUUUGCUGAAACUGAUGGUUAUGAGAUAUAUAGAUAUUGGGCUAUGUUCGGAAUUGCUGCUAUUCUUCUGGUUCCUGUUGUGUUUUUGACUUUGGGCUUAGUUUGUGGAUGUUCUGGUUAUGAAAAAGAACGCCAUCCGACUAAAAGAUCUUCUACUUCAAAUUGUGGAGGAUUUUGUCUCAUUUUAGCGGUGUACUAUUUCUUUUUGGUUUCAUCUGCUUUAAUGGUUGCAACUAUUGCUCUUCUAAUUCUUGGUGGAAAUAUGCAAACAUUUGUUUGCAUUCCAUUAUAUGAAGAUGGAUUUACUAUCUUGGACGAGAUGAAAGAAAAACUCUCAUCUCUCGAUAAAAACAAUGCACUUGAAGGAAUAAAGCCAAGUAAACUACUUAACGACUGCAAGGAACACAAAAGCAUCAUUUAUGCUCUAGGUUUGAUCAAUGAAACUGAUCCUACCUCAUUUCAGAAAUUUCUCAGUAACUCUGAUGUAAUGAAUCCUGACAGUGAAAAUGAAAUAGAUGAAAAACUGAGGAAAGCACUCUUGGAGAUAACUUCCAAUAUAAGGGAGAGACUCCAUCAGUUUACUCAUGCUCUUAAUCUUCAAGAAUUGAAGGAAAUACCUGAAAGGCUUCAAGAUCGCCUUACUGCUUCCCGAUCAAACAUAUCUCGUUUUAUUGAAGAUGUUACUGCAGCUUUGAAAGAAGAUUUGAGUAAAAAUGAUUUAGAUAUUUUACAUAUAGUGAAUGAUUCUGCAGCAAGUCUGUAUAAUGAAAUGAAUGCUUUGCAAGAAAAAUUGAAUCGUUUUUCUGAAACCUUAUUGAAUAUUUACAAUGAAGCAGAUUUAUAUAAGGAUAAAAUAAGAGACAUUGAGAGUAGCUUAGAUCAAGUUGAAGAAAAGCUGCCAAAAGUUAUAAAAGCUCAUUUAUUCCAUGCUGUUGCAUCUUCAACUGGAUGGACAGAAAUGGUGCAGAACAUAGGAAAGUGUUUCCCAGUUUGGAUAGCUUUCAACAUUGCACGUACUGCUGUGUGCGAUUUUGUGGUGGCACCUAUUAAUGGAUAUUGGUUUGGAUUAGGAUGGGCACUUUUUGUGAUUAUACCCACCAUUUUCUUCUCUGUAAAACUUUCCAGAUUCUAUUUGCGUAUGAAGUAUGAAUAUGAUUCAUAUAUACCUGAUUCUGGAGAAGCCAUUCCAUUAGAAGACAUGAGUAGAGCUAAGCCAUUUUCGUAUACAAAUCCUGGGGCUAUGAGCUGGAUGCCACAAUUUGGUCCACACCAAAACUACAUGGUGCAUCCGUCAUCAAACAACCAGUCUCGUAAUUUCCAUUACAAGUAAAUUAGAGAUGUGAGAGUGCCUUUGUACAGAAUGGUUACAGGAUAACGUGUAUAAUAAGAUUGAAUUUGUUAUUUUAUUCCAAUUCAUAUUUGCGCUAUUGGGUUAAUAUGAUACUUUGCAGAAUUUUGUUAAGAUUCCUAUUGAUAUGAUUGUGUUUGAAUAUAUAAAAUAACUGUUGCACAAUAUUUUUGAAAGUUUUCAAGCUAAUUGUUUAUGCGAAGAGUUGUAGAUUUAUAUAUUGCAAGUGAUUUAUGACUUUUAGUGAAAAUAAGUUAACUGCUUGAGAUUUUCUUCUGGAAAAUAUGAACAUUGAAAAGUUGUGUUGCAAAUUGCUAAAUUGGUGCUUGAAAUUGUAUUUGUUGUGCUAUUUAUUCAGCUUCUCAUUUGUAAAAAGUUUAUGCGAAUUCUUUUUCAAAGUGAUAAUUUUUGAAGAGAAAAAUUUGUGUGUUUUUGCAUGGAUGUAUUUAAAUACUGGACCAAGAUCGUGCACAGAAAAAUGGAUUCAUAUAAAGUAUAUUUUGAGAGAACUUUUUAUUUUAAAAUUACUCAGUUGCUUAGAAUCUUAUAAAUACUUAUAUCAUCACAAAAGUUGCUUUUGAAACUGCGAAAAAAGCUAAAUAUAGUUGUUUGGGUUGUAAUUUAUUAAUAUUUAUAUUUAUAUAUCAAUUAAAAUAUCAUUUGGAAACUUUCAUUGAUUGAAUAAAUAUCUUCAAGAAGUGAUGAUAGAGAAAUGCAAAUUUAUUUUGAAAUGGAAAUAUUUUACAUAAAGUGACUGAUUGUAAAGCAGCUUUUAGCCCAAAGGCAGAAUGUUCAGUAUUCUUCUACUGUAGUUGUAUAUCUAUCAUCGUUGUUCAUUUACUAUUUGUAAUUACUCACCCUUUCAUAUAUAAUAUAUAUAUAUUUACGUGUAUAUGGGUUAAUUCGUGAAACAUUAAAGGUUUUAAACUGAAAUAAUUUCAGUGUUUCUAUGCAAAUCUGUAUGUAAAUAUGUAAUUUUUCUUUCCAUCCUUGUGGAGUGAUAGACUUUAAUUUAUUAAUUUGUUCCUUAGUGACAGGCUGUAUAUAGGCACUGAAAGCUGCAGCUAAUAAAUUUAGUGUCCUCUUAUUUCAUAAUGCAAUAAUUAGUUCGUAAUUUUGUGGCCUUUAAAAUAGUAAUUUAAGUUCUUCCUUCAUGACAUUGAAUGUAACAUGUUAAUUUAAUUGUAUUAACCAAACAGUUUGUUUCAUUCUCCUUUAAUUCAUUCUAGAGAAAUUACAUUUAAAAAUUCAUUUGCAAAAUUGCAUACAUUUAUAUUUGUUUUUGAUAUUUAUGUUACAAUAAUAGUAUCUCAUUCAUUUUGCCUCAAUUACUACUGGUCUUCCAAAAUUGCAAGACAUAUUUUUUUUGGCUGCAAGAGGUUUAUAUAUGUUUUUAAAAGACAGGUCUGUACAUUUGAACCACCGGCCAUACCACUCCUUUAAGAAAUGGACAUUGUGUUUUUCUGUGUUUUCAGUGUGAAUACACACACAAAGUAUUUUAAAUCCGUCUGUUAACAUUAUAAUGAUGAUAUAUCAUCUGUUCUAUUGAGAAUAGAGAUGAACAAACUUAAAUUGUUGUGAAUAUUUCAUGUUUUACAGAUGUGCCAAAUAUUUAGUGUGUAAUAAUUUUAUUGAACUUGUGAUAAUAAAGUGUCAUCAAUGUCAUUUAAAAGUUUUGUCUUUAUUUUUUUUAAAUCAUAAAUUUUAAAAAUACUGUAAUUAUUGGUCAAUUAAAGAUUAUAAACAAA